CCCAAUUCUCGCGACAGAGGCUUUUUCGACGGAUCUUUGCUGACCAUGUUGGAGGCAUUGGAGAUAUGAGGAGGAAUGCUCAGAAAUGCAACACGGAAGUUGGAGCAAAGGCGGCCAGCGCCGUGCCAACUGUUCCAAACAUCUUUGACGGCCUGUCGACCGCUGCUGCAAAGAUGCAGCCGCCGGAUGUUCGCCUCAUCUCAAUCUGCCGUCGCCGAAGGACACGAGACUGGCAAGAUUUCCAGAUUUGACCAAGACGAUGGCAUUUUUGAACCCCAAUCUUCUCGGCUGGCCUCUUGGGCGGCUGCAAUUCACCCACAUAAUUCCGACACCCGGUACGCUUUUCAACAUAGGCUUCCAGCGGACCGUCCUACGCGACAACAGCGGCCUAGGGAGACCUCUACCGACCCUAUCGAUCCCGACAGUGCUCAGGGCACUUCCACUCAGUUGAACAAGUCCCUGCGCCCACGACGCCGCCGCAAAGCUGAGCCCGUCUCUGCUACUCUUGAAGCGUGGCGCAACAGAUCACCCAGCCUCUUUCUAAAGAAAGUAUUGGAGCCCAACGAACAUGCCCUGUACUGGAAGAGACUCGCCGCGGAGAGCCGAAGUGUUCGACCUCCAAUCAUCUUGCUACAGAUGAUAAUUCGCAAAACAGCGGCGCAAGAACCGAGCCAGAAAUAUCUUCUCGAUUUACUCCCAUCUGUAUAUGAAUGGGAGAGAGCAAUGAGUAUCGCGCGGCGAAAUGGCCACUCAUAUGAGGAUUUGGCCUAUUACAUGUAUAUCCUCGAAGGCAAAACAGAUGAUGUGCGAUGUGAAAGGUUUCUUGAACGCGAUUCGUACAAGCCGGCCUUUAUUUUCCAUUUUCUUCUAAGAUCAUCGUCCAGGUUUACUAGCCUCGACAACCUCAAUCGUCUGAUCGAUUAUUGCGGUUCUUGGUAUCCAGAGGCGGCGAGCAAUGGACUAGACAAAUCGAAAGCUAAAUUCUAUAUACCACCUAGAGGGGCAUUCGGAUCGGCAAAUUUCAACCUCAACAUGUCCCUGCUUGCACGCCAUUGCAUUCGACUUGACCCUAGGCUCAUCAUCAAACUAGCAGAUCUAGCAGUCCGGUAUAUCGAGGCUAUAGCGGAAUCAUCCUUGCCACAAGAAGAGAUCUACCAAGCUCAAUGCGCCGUGUUCAAUCAUGGCCUCAAGCUACUUGGUUCGGACCACCGCAAACGUACGAUUCGGCAGUCAUUGCCUAAUUCUUUCUUUUGGGAAGCACAAAGGAUACUUCUCGCUGUGUCCUCCAAAUUGAAACGACAACUGCUUGUGGAUGCGGAGGGAUUUCGAGCCAUCAGAACAGUAUUAGCAGGCAUGCCCAAGAAUCACGUUGAGAUACAUAGUUCUGUCAGACACGCGCCUACGUGGCCCCCAUAUCUACGACCGGGAGACGGCAUGGACGAAGAAAUGGACCCUGAAGACAACUGGAGUCGGUCUGUACGAGCGGGAGUGCUGAUGCAAGAGGCCGGAUUCGCGAAAAAUGACUAUGACGACGCUGUUGAUAUCCUGCAGGGAAUGUCUCCAGAUGGGACACCGACAAUCCAACAACGAAUAUUACCAGGGAAGCGCCGAAAGAUAGGGAUUUGGGAAGCCUCUAUUAGAGCCACGCGCAAUGCACACGAGGCAUGGGACAGAUUCCAAAACCCCCCCAAAGCUGGGCUCAAGCUCGGCUUGGCGGAAUAUACAGCGAUGUUCGAAAAGUUGACGCAGAGAGAAGCAGACGAAAAUACAAGAGCUUUGCCAGGUGACAGGGCGUUGAACUUCCCUACUACACAGGAAGCUAAUCUUACCGAAUUCGAAAAAGCCCGAAUCCGCCCACCAAGCAUAUCUCAGCUGUAUGAAAGGAUGCAGCUGGAUGGCAUCCGUCCUACAGGGAGCUGCCUUCAAAUUCUGGUAGCCAACACGGAAUCGAUGGAAAUGGCGCGGAAAUAUCUGCAUGAUAGCGACGGAACUGGGGCCUUGUACCGUCUAAUGUCUCAAGAGAUGGAUGUACAAGCUCUAAAGAAAGUGCCCAUAAGUCUCAUAUCAGCCUGUAUCCAAGUAAUGAUACGGCAAGAGGGCAAACUAGCGAGGAAGUACAUGAUACGAGCUAUUGAACUGGCAGAGCAGCGACUGGGAACCGAUCGAACUCCACUGUCCGACUUCAUCUGGGGCGCGAUUCUAAAACAUCUAUCACAGCACCACUACGGCUUGAGGAUAGCCGUUCAUCAGCAACUCAAGCUGUCUCUUCAUAUUAUUAAGAAACUUGAUGGACCCUCUGGGAUUACACUUCCCCAAUUUAUCCAAUUUAGCAAAACCUUGCGAAAAAUAGCCAAACGCGAACUUGGACAACUUUCCACGGAAAUGGAGUCUGGCUCGUUAAAGAUAGAAAACCACGCCUUGUGGCCUUUAUACGAUGGGAAAUCUAGGCAUAGGGAUGCUAUGCACUGGGACACGUUUGACGACAAGUCAGGAGCCCUGGAUUUGUUCCGUGCCCUACGAGCUUCUACCCUUCAAAUGAACGAACUGUUUGACAAGCUUCUCUUGCACGAGAGAGAUUCACGGCAGUUACUGGGUGCAAAGGAACUGGAACCAUUAGAAGGGAUGAUGUGGCGAAAGGACCCAGCUCGUAGCGAGCAUGCUUACGAAUACAUGCUCUCCUUGGCAUAUCUGGGCGAGUUUCAGCAAAUGGCCCAGCUGCUGAAGUGGUUAAUUCAGGAGUGGGGGCAGCCUGGCGUUGUCCAAGCAUUGUCUGAUGUGGACGAGCCGCCGCCAUAUGCUGACUUUGUUGAAACUCUAUGCGCUUUUCGACUCUUAGCCGAGCCGAUGCUCGAACAAGGAGAGGUGGAGUCACUACGCGAAGCCAUUGGCGUAGCCGGACUGAAUUGGUCGUGGCCUGACGAAGAGGCUGUGGAAGCUUACGCUGAAAUGCAAGAGGAUGAAUCCAUCAAUAUACUGGCGCGCGUAUUAGAGCGGGUGCGCUUAUCCUGGGCAGAUACGAGAAGGGAAGCUGAGACUUAGGCCGGAAAGUGAAUGGCAAUUUUUUCCGGCUCGACUUCCAUAAGAGACAAGGAAUCUGUGCAAUUUUUGAAACAUGAAGCAUGAGGCGAGGGCGUUUUUAAGAAGGGAAUCGGAUUUGAAGAAAACUACAUGUAUAUACUGGCUGGAUGGAAAUACGACUGCUGGGACUUGCGAAUAUAUCUGACGAAUAGAAUAUAUAAACUGUAUCAUUACUCGCAGCUACACACUAGCUAUAUCACACAUGUGGUCGAUUGGCCAGAGCUUGGAGCCGAUCUAUGCAUGCGCGUAGAUGCAAAUAAAUAUGCGUC